UGAAGCUCAAAAAUGGACUGGCAGCAAAUGUGGCUGCCGCUUCUGGCUCUGUCGACGUCGCAGCCGACAGAAGGCAGCGCUGCUCUCUCUUGAUUUCCGAACGGAAUGAACCCGCAGCCAGUCAGUCGCUUUAUGCAAGUGCCAUAUAGUCUAUAGUCUUUGUGCAUAAUUCCAAGAAUAUAACAGAGCCAAAGAGUUCAAAUGCGCAGGAGAGCGCCGUGAGCACGAAAGCGAGCCACGGGUCCCGACUAUUGGGUACCUCUUAACCAUGAUUAUCAGCACCACUUCCACAGAGAUUACGUGGGAAUCGUACAUAGUCAGGGGUGCACAACACUAAAGGCUUUGUGCCGCACGGAGCACCUAUGCAUGCCACCAUUUCAUUGCGCCGCAAAUACCAUAUUCUUUGGGACAGAGUGUUCUCAAUUCGUGGAUACAAUACGCCCUGCUGCACAGCGAGAUACCAGGUAUUCCAUAUCAGCGCUUUCGCUGCCCCAGUCGACUUCGCAUUCGCAGAACAAAGAAAAGCGCGAGUGCUGACGCAUGCCUCGUAUUUGGAAUAAGGUUCGCAUAUUGCGCCUAACCCAAUUCGAGUGUCAUCAUCUGGUCACGGAGCCCGGUGUUGAUGCUGCUCUCCUUAUCGCCCCACAUAGUGCCAUCUCUGUCGGCGGCUAUCUGAGCUGUGAAGCUUUCAAUCAGCGGCUUGCUUCGACACCAAACAGCUGUUUGCUGCACAGUGGUGCAUACCUCAACAAUUAAUGCUUAAUAAUAUGCCAUAGCACACAAUCUUACCCAAUUUCAUGUAUCUUUGGUAAUUAAAAAGUCUCCGAAAUAAUAGUUUAAAAUUAAGCUCGUUAACUGUACUGAUACUGCGUUUAAGUAGUUAUUUACUUCACACUGCUUAAGGUCCUUUCCUCACCAGUUCAAAAAGUCAACUGAUCUUCGACGCCCGCAUAUUAGGGCCUUUAUAAGGGCCCAGGUCCAGGCAGGACCUUCAGAAGGAGAUUAAAAAAACAUUGUGACCGAUAACGGGUCGGACAGUAGUUAUCAGGUAGUUAGGCACGACCCGAAGGCGACCUGACUUGAAGGCAAUCCAAGCGUUUUUCCAAGACAAGCUGACGCGUGUCUGGAGGUCUUCUGCCUAAUUUUACCUGCCCUCUUCUUCGGUUUUAUUGCCGUGUUAUUUUCUUCAGACCCACUGUACUGGUCAGACUAAAAAGAACUGUGCAGGUCCAAAAUGUGAGUUGGGAAAUUUGUUGAGGUAUAAACCUUUCGUUUACUAUAGGUAGGCUAUGAUUUUCUAAACGCAAAAAGACCUUAUCCAUGUAAAUAUUGUAUGUAAGCAGGAGCACUGUGUCUUCCUUUUUAGGUGGGCCAAUACGAGACUGCAAAACUUUUUGCUCCAUGCCAAAAGUCCUGCACACACAUUGCAGACCAACUUUUUGGGAUUGCUAAUCCAGCAUGUAAGCGACAUGAAAUGAUCUGAUAUUACUAAUUCGAGACUUAUACUCUUCCGCUAUGAACUGUCUUUAUUAUCUCACUACAACUUCUGACUAGGACUGCAAACACAAUGACAAGCAUAUCUCAAUAAAGUGAAAGCACUUUCAGGAAGGAUUGUCAUCCUAUCGAUAACAGAGGAGCCAGUAGUGUUGGUCACUGAAAUUACAAUUCUGCUAAGAACUCUACACCAGAAACUUAUUUACUCCAUUUUUCAUACUAAAUCAUAAAUGUAAAUAAAUAUACCAAUAAUAACAAAACUCAAAAUAACUCAAGAGAUGCAAACUAUGUAUGUAAACAAAGGAAUUGGUGUCACUGUGUCAUAUUUUUAAGUUUGGCCAAUCCGAGACUGCAAAACUUGUUUAUGCUCUGUUCCACAAAUCCUGCACUGACCAACUUUUUGUGAUUGCUAAUCCAGCUUGAAUUAACCAAACGCCAGAACUAAGUGCUUGAGAACUCAACUGUUCGCGAUUCGCUUGCAAAGGCGUUGUUUAAUUUGAUAGAGAAAGCCUUGGAAAGCGAAUGAAAUGAUCUGAUAUUACUAAUUCGAGAUUGCAAAGGCGUUUGUUCAAUUCAAGAAGAGUCACUGAAGAAUUACAAUACAAAGCGAAAAAGUCUUGGAAGGCGAAACAAUAUAAACGAUAUGAAAUGAUCUGAUAUUUCUAAUUCGAGAUUUGUAUUCUUCUGACAUGCCUUGUCUUCAAUAUCUAAAAAUCUUGAACUUCUGACUAGGACUGCAGAAACAAUAACAAGCUCAUCUCUGUAAAUCUAUCAGGUAGGGUUGCCAUCCAUCGAUAACAGGGGAGCCAGUAGUGUUGGUCACUGAAAUGGCAAUUCUGUUAAGAACUCGGCUCUAGAAACUUCCCCAGGGCACUUUUUUUCUGAGCCAAAAAGACAAGUCAUUACGACUGAGGACUACGACCAGUGUAUCGCUCUAUAAUCGGCAAAUUGUUUUGGUUUGUUACUUAAAUAAUCAAGACUGCGCCAAGUCAUAAUGAAGCCAAAUAAGGAAACAAAGCUACCGGCAUCCAAUUGGAUGAACAAGAGUUCUCACGAGCCAAGUUUUGCCACGUCCAAUGGGGUGAAAAAUAAGACUGUGUCCUUUUCGCGAUUCAUCCACACCGAUCGUGUCGCAGAGGGUCCGACCAAUGCGGCUCAAAAGAAGACUGUGUUCUUUUCGCGAUUCGAGCGCACCAAUCGUGCCGCAGAGGACCUGACCCGUCCAUUGGCCAGCAUGAAACCAAAACAGGCUGUGGCUUCCACCUCGAAUGAGCCGUUCUUUGCCAGCAACCUGAAGUACUAUCCCCAUCUGCCACAGCCAGCUUUUGUGGGCCACUACCAGACCUAUGCCGAAAUCAAAGGCCUCUGGUUGGAAGGUAAUUUUUCCCAAGCUUGUAACACCACACCGUCGCCGGCGCAGCCGCGUCGUCGUAAUUUUAUCACCAACGAGUUCCCGGAUGAUCCACCUAAGCGAGCUCCCAACCGCAGCUACUCGCUUGUCCGACGCAACUCGAUUAAGCCCCCAAUUGAGGCCAAUUUUGCUAUGCCCGUGCUGAUGGAGGAGAAUGAAGUGCACGAUCUAAAUGAGAUCAGUGGCUCCACCAAGCCAGCUACAUCGACAUCGAAAGGCGCAAUCCCGAAGCCCAAGAAGUUCCCAUUAACCUUCUAGAAAUUCAAGGACUAAUAAAUCUAGUUAGCU